AUGCAAGUCCCUCCCCAUUUCCCCUUUUCUCUGACCUUCCCCAUUUUCCCUUCCAAUACCAGCCCAAGUCCCCUUGUCCCUGUCACUCCCCAUAUCCCCAUUUCCCCGCCACUCCGUGUUUCCCCUUCCCCCGGUCCCCCAUUAUUUCCCCUUGUCUUGUCACUCCCCUUAUCCCCUUACCCCUGUCCCUCCCCAUUUCCCCUCUUCUCUGACCUUCCCCAUGUUCCCUUCCAAUGCCAGCCCAAUUCCCCUUGUCCCUGUCACUCCCCAUUUCCCCUUUCCCCUGUCACUCCUUGUUUCCCUUCCCCCAGUCCCUCAGCAUUUCCCCUUGUCCUGUCACUCCCCUUAUCCCCUUCCUCUUUGUGCUUUCCCAUCUCCUCUUCUUUCUCACACCACAAUUUCCCCUUCCGUUUUGUCUCUCCCACUUCCCCUGCCAUCUGUCCCUCCCAUUUCACAUUCCCCCUGUCCCUCCCAUUGCCACUUUCCUCUGUCCCUCUCAAUUCCCCUUCCCUCUGCCCCUCCCCAUAUCCCUUCUCUCUAUCGCUCCCCAUUCCCCGUUCCCAACACUGCAUGUUACCCCUUCCCUCUGUCACUCCCCAUUUCCCCUUCCCUCCGUCCCUCCCCAUUUCCCAUUUCCAACACUCCAUCCACCCUUUCCCUCUGCCCCUCCCCUUUCUCCUCCCCUCCGUCCCUCCACAUUACCCCUUCCCUCUGUCACUCCCUGAUUCCCUUUCAAUACACUUCAUGCUUUCCCUCCGUCACUCCCGAUUGCCACUUCCACUGUCCUUUACCAAAUCCCCUUUUCUAUAUAACCCUCCCAUUAUCCCUUUCCUCUCCCCCCCCCGCCCAUUUCCCCUGCCCUUUGUGCUUCCCCAUCUCCUCUUCUCUCUCACACCACCAUUUCCCCUUCCCUUUUGUCUCUCACGUUUCCCCUGCCAUCUGUCCCUCCCAUUUCCCUUUCCCCCUGUCCCUCCCAUUGCCACUUUCCUCUGUCCCUCCCAAUUCCCCUUCCCUCUGCCCCUCCCCAUAUCCCUUCUCUCUGUCGCUCCCCAUUCCCUGUUCCCAACACUGCAUGUUACCCCUUCCCUCUGUCCCUCCCCAUUUCCCCUUCCCUCUGUCCCUCCCCAUUUCCCCUUCCCUCUGUCCCUCCCCAUUUCCCCUUCCCUCUGUCCCUCCCCAUUUCCCCUUCCCUCUGUCCCUCCCCAUUUCCCCUUCCCUCUGUCCCUCCCCAUUUCCCCUUCCCUCUGUCCCUCCCCAUUUCCCCUUCCCUCUGUCCCUCCCCAUUUCCCCUUCCCUCUGUCCCUCCCCAUUUCCCCUUCCCACUAUCUCUCCCAUUUCCCCUCCCCUCUCCUCCCACUUUCCCCUUCCCCUUUCUCUGUCCCUCCCCAUUUCCCCUACCCUCUGUCCCUCCCCAUUUCCCUUCCCUCUGUCCUGCCCCAAUCCCACUUCACUCUGUCCCUCCACAUUGCCCCUUCUCUCUGUCACUCCCUUAUUCCCUUUCCCAUACACUCGAUGUUACCCCUUCCCUCUCACUUCCAAUUGCCACUUCCUCUGCCCUUACCCAAAUCCCCUUUUCCCUCUCCCUCCCAUUGCCACUUCCCUCUGUCACUCCCAUUACUCCUUCCCUCUGCCCCUCUCCAUUUUCCCUGCCCUCUAUCCUUCCCCAUCUCCUGUUCUCUGUCUCACUCCCAUCCCCCCCAUUUGGUUUCUCCCCUCCCCCCUCCCCUCCCCCCCCCCCCCCCCAUUUCCCCCUUACCCUCCGGUGUAUCCCUCCCCCCCUUUCCUUCGCACUCACACCUCCACCCAACCCCGCUGCUAUGA